AUGAAUAAUGAGUCGAAACCAGCUGUACAUCGUCGUCGUCGUCGUCGUUCUAUUAUUCGUGAAUUUUGUUUGAAUACAUCGACUCAUGCUUUACCAGGCAUUGCUCGUAGUGAAAGUAUGCAUAAUCGUUUGUUUUGGUCGAUUUCAUUUGUAAUAUUUACUGGUAUAAUGAUCUAUUUUGUAACCAUAUCAAUAAUCAAUUAUUUUCAAUAUCCAACAACAAUUGAUGUGUCUUACGAUAACGAUUGGCAACAAUACUUUGCAGCAUUUAGCUUUUGUAAUAUCGCACCAUUUCGUUCUGAUCGAUUUAUCGAGCCUUUUCUGAAUUAUACUAAUGCUCUAAAUCUAACAGAUACCAAUGAUACAACAACCAUAACUCCAUAUCAAGCAAAUUUUGUUGAUGAUUUUAUUUUUCAUAAAAUCAAUAGCAAUGAAACAUUAGAAGAUUAUUUUUUUCCAUUAUCAUCAAUGCUUUUUACAUGUUCGUAUAAUUUUCAAUCAUGUUCAACAGCUGAUUUCAUUUCAUUCAUCUCACCAACUUACGGUCUAUGCCAUACAUUUAAUGCUAAAUGGAAAAAUACUUCAGAGAAUAGUCUUCGAAGAGGAAGUGCUUAUGGUAGUGUGAGUGUACUCACUUUAGGUCUUUAUAUCCAUAGUUAUCAAUAUCUGCCAUACUUAAGUGAAGUUACUGGUAUAACAGCUCUUGUUCAUGAUAAUACACAAAUUCCUAAUAUUGACUCAAAUGGUAUCGAAUUAGAACCUGGACGAAGACAUAGAAUAGGUUAUAGAAGAAAGCGAGCUAAAUUUUUAUCUUCACCUUAUACUGACUGUGCAAAUAAAAUAUCUAGAUCAUUUAAUGCUAUGCUUGAGAAUUAUAAUCAAGCAGAUUACAAUUAUUCUCAGACUGAUUGUCUUCAAGUGUGUUUGCAAACUUAUGUUUAUGAAAAAUGUGGUUGUAUUAAUCCAUAUCUGUGGAAUAUACGUUCAAUUGUUUUGCCAGGUACAGAUAAGGUUAUAUUUGCACCUAUCUGUAAUUCUUCCAAUGAUUGCUUUUCAACAGCAUCGGAUGAACUUUUUACUUCUGCAACAUAUAUUCAAAAUUAUUGUUCAGAUUGUUCACAAGAAUGUGUAAUCAAUAGUUUUGCUCUUCAAACAACAUCUUCAAUGUUAAAUAUUGAUUGGAAACUAGAAUCGAUUAAAAAUUUUGUUGAAAAUUCAACUGUUUCAUUACCUAAUAAUUGGUCAACAACAUGGCAACAACAUAUUUAUGAAAAUUAUCUUAUUGUAAAUGUUAUUAGUGAAUCACAUAUCAUCGAAACAAAUACACAAAUAUCAUCACUCGGUAUAGUUGAUGUUAUUUCAAAUAUUGGAGGUCAUACAGGUUUAUGGAUCGGAAUCAGUUUUUUAUCAAUUAUGGAAUUUAUUGAAAUGAUCUAUCGGCUCAUUCGAUAUCAAUUACAUUUGAUAAGAGAAUCCCAACAAAGAAAGAUCAACAUAAUACAACCAUAA